GACCUAUACGUGCGUCAAGUUCUUCCAUCGUCAUCGUCAUCAGCAUCGACCGCAUCGGCUUCUCGUCUCCAUCGGUCGAUCCGCCGCUUUGCCAGGAGUCUAUCCGCCGUUUUCAUCCCCCUCCUUUUCGCGGAAGUCAUACCCGAUAAUCGAUCCACCUGUUAAGCCGUCAAUGAGAGCAGGAAGGGCAAGAUGGAGGAGGAAGAUAUAAGGACAGCAGUGGAACUGUACAUUUAUGACCUUACCAAAGGAAUGGCCGCAAUGAUGUCGCAGAUACUCAUUGGUCGCCAAUUGGACGGAAUAUGGCACACGGCGAUAGUCGCAUACGGAAGAGAGUACUUCUUCGGCCCCGUUGGCAUCCAGAGUGUCCGACCCUUACGCAGGUGGUUCCCGUCGCGCCGUACUCGAUAUUCCGCCCGAGUGCUUUCUUUCAUCUUCGGCGGCACGGAGUUACGGGAUCCGCAAAGAGUUGAGAAGCUCGGCGAGACUUACCUGCCCUACUCGGUCUUCCUGGAGUACAUAAACGGCUUGGGGACCUCCACGUUCGCACCGGGCACGUACAAUCUUUUCAAGCAUAACUGUAAUUCCUUCACUGAGGAGGUUAGUAACUUCCUGGUGGGCAAGGGCAUUCCCAAGUAUAUCCUUGAUCUACCAGAAGAAAUAUUACAAACUCCUAUCGGACAGGCUUUAAUUCCGUUGAUAGAAACAUUAAGCAGUAGCUCAAGUGCUGGAUUCACAGUAGGCCAGAGAUUCGUUGAGCCGAGAAUCCAGAGGGAAACUUCACCGGAAUAUCAACUCCUAAAUACAGCUAUAGAAGAAGCAAGAUUGAAUUCAAUCGCGUUAGAGGAACGGAGAAACGUCAUUAACGAGAAAUUAGCGAAGAAAGACCGAAAGAAGAAAAAGAAGAAAAAGGAGAAGAAAGAUAAGAGCAGCAAGGAGGCCACCAGCAGCGACAGCAAUAGUACCGGACCGAGCAAUUGCUGUGCAGAUAUGGCAGAGAACGAAAGUGCAGUCGGCGAAACACUGCAGGCGGCCAAUGGAGAAAAUGCACCCGCGGAGAUGCUGCCGUCCGAGCGAGUGAUGCAGAUGGAGGAGGACGAGAAGCGUGAGCAAGAAGAGAAAAAACGCCAUCGAGAUCCACCGAUAGUUUUCAAAGACUUGGUGGAUGUACAAAUGGAGUAUGAAGGCUUGGUAAGCGCUCUCAAAGGGAAAUUAAACGAUGAAGAACAAACUUGCCUGGGUGAACUACGGCAAUAUGUGUUGGAGGACGAGGGCUCCUGGGCUUUAGGCGACAACUUUCUGAACUUCGUUGGUCGAGUUCUGUAUGAUAAAUCAUUAGAUAGUGAUGUGCGAGUAAAAUUGUUGAACGUACUGUCCGUUGCCGCACUGAAGGACGAUGUGAUUCUGUUGUUGCAUCAAGACAGGCGAGAGCACAUCAUCAUGACUUACGCUUUUGAUAUCGAUCGGCAUCCUCCGGAGGAGCAACUUCCACUCGCACAGUUUUUGGCAAAUAUGUUCGAGAAUCUCAGCAGCUCGGAAUGGUUACUCUACAUAUCGGAGUGGCAGCAUCAGGAUCAGAACGUCAGCAGCAAUAUCAGCAACAUAAGGGUGACGACAAAGGUUGCGGUGCACUCACUGCUCUCAAACUCGGAAGAUCUGCAGAUCCGCGGUGCAGCCAUUAUUCACAACCUUGCCUGCAAGGAGAAAAUGAACAAAAGCAAAAAUCUGCGGCGACUUUUACCGAAAGGCAGCAUUUCUAAGGUGUUUGAUGACGUCGCAGUUGAACUAACGAUGGCGUUAUUGCAAUACUUCAACGGCAGUCCCGCGGAGGAGCAGCUGUAUACGUGCAUGAAAUCGCUGGCGCGUUUCACGCAGAUCAGCGGCCAAGAAGUGCCGCAGCUCAUACAGAUGAUUGGACCCGAACCGAACAAAUUCAGGGGUACUUCCCAGAGAAUCGACGAGCAGAUCGAACAAGUUAACCAGAAGCUGCGUUAAAUAUCCGUUGACCGUCUGCGAAAAUGUAUUCCAUAAGUGCGAGAUAAAACCGGACACGCUUCCGCUAUGUUUAAAAUGGAUUUUUACUUAGAGAUUCUAUCGAGUCAGUCACAUUUAUUAUUAUUAUUAUUAUUAUUAUUUAUGAAUAUUAAUUAUUGUUGUCAUUUUAAUAUAUUAUUAUAUAUGUAUAUUAUUAUUACUAGUAGACGUCGCAGCGUUUCUUCAACCUCACUUUACACUUUUUUAUUCGACAUCUUUUUUUGUAGAUAAUUGAAGCUAGCGACACUUUGCCGUUCUACGCAGAUCGGUAAAAGAUAGGAAUGAAACGCAUAAACGCGUGUGGCGCGAUGACGCGAUCGUCAUGUGUGCGACUAUCUUCCGACUAUUAAAAAAUCUCUGUCCGUUAGAAAAUUUUCGCACGACGAAAUCACCAAAUUAGUUGUAUCGAAUAGUAUGUCGUAAGCGUUUAUGCACGUCACACUCUACCAAUUAUACGUCCGUUCGACGCUUUUCGUAUUGCGAAGACGCAAUAAAAUUUUGGCAACAAAGAUAACUUUCCCAGUAACAUUGACUAUUUUCCUCGUCAAUUUUACAAGAAUGCGCAUUAGAAGAAAAAAGAAGUAAGAGUCUCACGGAUUAUACGCAGUAGCAGUCUGCCGCGUAUCUUACAUCAUAUUAUGAAAGAAUUAAAAA